CUGGUGCGCACGCGUCACUGCGUCAUAAUCCCGCUUGCGAGUGCCGAGUGAUUUUACACGUGAUUAUCUGUGUACUUAGAACGUUUGUUUUGUAUAGUAGUGGACUGAAAGGUACAAAUCGGCGUGUGUCGUCUCACAGUGAAAUACAGUGGCAUAGUGCAGUGUCCUUAGUGUACUAUGAGCAGACGAUCGCGCGCCUAGACGAUCCCACGCCGCGCAGUGAUGCAACCGCGAGCGUAAUAACACUACACGUUGUAUUGACUUAGCUAGUUGACAUUUAGCGCCAAUGCCGAACGAAUAAACAAAUGGCUUUAGCUAACUUUACGCUUACCCCGGCCACAGCGCCGCCUGUUCUCCCUACGUCUUCCGCACCUCUACACGUGGACUUCAGUGAUCUUCUGUACUCCCCAGACCAACCUGAACAGCCGCAACCUGGCCACGAACCUUUCGCACCUCCCACCCAACAGAGGAGAUCUAAACUCCGAAAAAGAGCCGGUUCCGCCUACCUGCCUCCCCCGAACCAGUACACCCACUACCCACACAAUGACGUCCCACAUAAUCCUUACAACAGUCAACUACACACACAAGUAUACCAGCAAAAUACGAGGCUCGACGUGCAAGUAGAAAAUCAAAGAGUUGAAGAAGUGAAUAAGCGUUAUGAUAAUACAGGACAAUACUAUCACGAUCCAAGUGGUGAUUAUGAUUAUGAGCAGAGAAGAUUGAAUGGUCAGACUGGUCAUUACAACCCGGGGUAUGCGGAUGCCCCGUACCCUCCGGCGACGACGCCAGCCCCACCUUCUAGUCGGAGGUUCGAAGACAAUUCGAACCAGAAUGUGAAUAACUACAACUAUGUGAAUACUGUGAAUAGGCCGGCCACGACUGCGGCGUCGUUGCCGCAGAGGCCACGCAAUGAGGCUGAAACAAAAACAGGAAGUGGUAGCAAUGGACAGACACCUCCAGAACGACCUCGCGGAUUCACCAAGGUGGAGACGGGGAACGCUGGCGGCAAAACACAAUUGCACGCCGUGCUUGACUAUGACGACGAUUACUAUGAUGACAUUCCUGGACCAGGUUCAGUUGGAGAAUCGCCCGCCAUCACCCCCCUCCAAGGCCCGAUCCUCCUCCGAAACGGGACAGUCCCAGUGGUCCCACUGACGUCAUACCCGACAGUUGCCAAUGGCACCUUCUACCAAAUUCCUAUCUUGUGGACUGCUCUUUCCGUGGCGCUGGGUUACGAGCUGCAGGGCCAGAUUGUCAGAGGCAUUCCUUGCGUCAAGAGAAAUUACCAGCUGUACUGUCCAACGGCUGGCAGUGCUUAUCCUUUAGACAAAAUAGAAUCGUUUAUAGACGAAAAUAAGGCGUUAAUAAAACGCAUGUACGGUUCGUUCACGACGCCGGGCGGAAGUAGGGUGCGGCGAGCCCCGGGUACUCCAGACCUACACCAUGGGGACUCCUACUUCCGCCAGAUCAGGCAAACAAACGCGCCGAUGCCGCCCGACGCCCGCGCAGGGAACAGCACUGAUCGGGUAGAUGCGUGUGAAAGCAAAACUACGAUAACCACGCCGUACUGGGCGAUGAACUCCGCGACAAAACUCCGGGCCAUCGUAAAUACUAUGCAUUUCGAGCAAGCAAUCCAUCAGGAGAUAUGCACUAAAACUGCGACGGGCCGGUGUUCUGGCGACUGCGGCUGCGAGCAGAAGUACAAGUGGCAUAGACUGCUGGCGUAUGACCCCAGCAACGACUGCAUGGGCAUAUUCAUGGAUUGGUUCCUGUUCCCUUCCUGCUGCGUGUGCCGGUGUAAACCUUAAAUGCGUCUUAUAACGUUUUUAUUUGUCUUAAAGCAAAACAAAUUAUUAAGCUGUGUACACACUUGGCAAAAGGAGGCCAACGAAUAGGUUUUAAUAACCAUCGCUAGUCGGUCUGGUUUGAUUAUUUGUUCCAAUAUUCGCUAGCCUUCGUCGACUUGGUGUGUUUGCAACUUAAUUAUAUCAAUUCGCAUACCGAUUUACUGUGUGUUAAAAAUCUGUUACCAUUCUACGUCAGGUUCUUAAGUGGCCAUAAAACUAUGUACUUAUAAUGGAAUGAACCUUAUAUUGCAAUCGACCGCAUGUGGUGAUAUAAAUAGUACAGUAAAUAGUAAUAAAGGGCCAAUGAACUCUAUUUGAUAACAUGUCAUCGACUUGUAUCCUUUACUUGUAAUGUCAAUACCUUCUCUGAUUUGUAAUUUCAGGCGGCAAUUUCAUAUAAAAAAAAUUGUUUAAAUGACACUUUAUUUGAGAUUGCUUUAAAUCUCUAUAAUAGACAAUUGAGUGCAAGUCUCUCAAUUUAUUUUUUCUCCGAAAACAAAAAAUUUCGACGACGAAAUUUGCAAAAGAUGAGGCAGAUCACAGAUUUUUGACUCGAUAUAAAAGUACAAAACAUAUAAUUACCUUCUAAAAUUCAGAUUUCUAUGCUCUUUUGUAAUUAAUUUGCUGUAAUUUUAUUUAAGCCUACAUAAUAAUUGUCUUAGAUCAUAUGUAUCAAAGUGUAAGUUUAUUUCAUAAUUUUAAGAUCCCCUUUUACACUGCCACUGUACAGUAUUGUAUGCAUAAAAAUAGUUUUACGAUAACUUAUCCUUCAUCGACAUGAACAUUAAUUUAUUUUUGAUGACAAUUACUAAUAUAAAACCAAAAUUGCUUUAAAAUAGCCAAUGAUCUUGAAAAUUUCUUAUCCAAUUUUUAAAUACUUUGACGAAAUUCUUACCUAAUUUUUCUAAUCUACUCUUACUUAAUAUAUUUACUUUAAAUUUUUGGUAAGUUUUGUAAAAAUAGAAUUUUGUAAAAUAAAAUGUAAGGGACCCUUAUAUUUAAGCAACACAUUUUUAUUAAAUAGCUA